GUAUUCUGGACUCUAUUCAAGAAGUUUAUGAUAGGGAAAUGCCAUUAACAAUUACUGAUGUAACUGAUGGAUCAGAAUACAAGAAACUGUGUGAAGAUGGAGGCUUUCUGAGCAAUAGGAACAACAUCAGCUUAACAAUGUUUACAGAUGGCAUACCACUCUUUAAAAGUUCAGGUGUUUCCUUGUGGCCAGUAUAUCUCCUGAUUAAUGAAAUUCCCAGGCAUGAAAGAUUUCGAAAAAAAAAUAUGGUCCUUUGGGGUAUGUGGCAAGGGUUAGGGAAGCCAAACAUGACAUUGUUCUUGAAACCUCUUGUUUCUGAACUCAAUCACCUGUAUUCAAACGGUUUCCAAAUGAAUGUCGGAACAGAAGAGAUAAAUUGCAAGGCUCAGUUGAUAGUUGGAACAAUGGACUUGCAAGCUAGAGCUGCAGUUUUGCAUAUGACACAGCACAAUGGCGAAUAUGCUUGUGUCUAUUGCAUGCAUCCAGGAAAAGUUGUCAAAAGCGGCAAAGGUCAUUGUCGUUCUUUCCCUUACACAAAAGAGCCUCUGUUGUACAGAACAGCUGAAAGAAUUCAAGCAGAUGGCAAAAAAGCACAAAAAGACAGGAAAAAAGUAAAUGGUUUCACUGGUGAAAGUGUCCUGAACUACCUUCCAAACUUCUCUCUAGAUAACAACAUUGUUAUUGACUACAUGCAUGGCUCACUUCUAGGGAUAUCAAAAAAGUUUCUUUCUCUCUGGUUUGAUACCAAGAAUGUGGAUAAACCAUACUACAUUGGUGGUAAAAUUAAGGAAGUUGACAAGAUGAUGAAGAUGGUGACACCUCCCUAUGUUAUAAAGAGACUACCGAGAAAGCUGUCUAACACACUGCAACACUGGAAAGCAUCUGAACUCCGUUCCUGGUUGCUUUUCUACUCCCUUCCAGUCCUGAAUGGGAUACUUCCAGAAACCUACCUCAAACACUUUAGCCUCAUUGUGGAAGCCAUUUACAUUUUACUAGGUGAAGGAAUCACAAAUGAAGAUAUUGAAAGAGCAGAUCACCUGUUGAAUGUCUUCGUGAAAACUGUAGAUACACUAUAUGACAGCAGUGUUCUUGGGCUGAACAUUCACAAUCUGCUGCACCUGUGUGAUUGUGUGCGAAAAUGGGGACCUUUGUGGGCUUGGUCCUGUUUUUCCUUUGAGUCAUUCAAUGGAGAGAUCAAGAAAACCAUCCAUGGAACAGGCAGCGUCUGCAAACAAGUGUUUUGGGCUCUUCAAUCUCAAAAAAGAGUGGAGAACAUUUCUACUUUGCCAGUGUCAGACAAAGUCAAGACAUUUGUAGAGGACUUGCACCAUGGAAAGUCUGUAACAGACAAUGCCCUGUCUGCUGUCCAGUGCUCUGUUAACAAAGCAUCAGCAUUGCCAGAUAACUUUCAGUUCCCAGAUAAAGUAAAGUUGAAACUUCACAACAUUGUCAAAAGUGAUAGCCCAUCCAUGUUCUUGAGGACCAAUAAAAUAUUCCGUGGUGGAUUGUCUGUGUACAGUAAACUUUGCUCAAAAGUCAGAAAAAGAAAUUCAUAUACCUGGGCAGUUACAUCUACAGCAGAUGACUUAGAAGAUGGAAGCAUUCUCGAAAUAGAGUAUUUUCUUGUACAUAAGCGUACCAUGCAAGUAUUCGCAGUAGGGAAAAAACUGAAAACAGUCGGUGGUGUUUUACCUGGAAAUGCUCCUCACAUUCAAAGAGUACAGUACUCAAGCAAUGAAGUCACUUUAAUGCCAGUAUCAACUCUACAAGAUGUGAUCAUCAGCUUUGAGUUAAACGGACUAAAAUAUGCAUCAAGAUUUCCAAACUCAGUGGAAAGCGACUGAUUGAACACCCUGUAUCUGAGAAUGACAUAAAUAUUCAGUUGACUUUUUGUGAAAAUCUUUGGUCUCAAUGCAUCAGAUAUAUUUUUUCAAUUCCUCCUUAACUCAUUUAGCCAAGAAUAUUCAAUUGCAUGGAUACUUUUAUUACUGUGUAGCUAAAAUUACAAAAUAAAUGGGUCAAUGUACAUUAAUUACAGGGCGGAAUAAGUUAAGGAAUAGU